CCCCACUCCCGACUGCACUGUCCAAAAACACCCCCAAAACAAAAGAAAGGGAUGUCGUCUCUUUCCCGCCUUCUCCGCCGCGCAUUCUCCACCGUUGCUACUGCUGCCACAACCAUCACCUCCGACGCAGCCCCUGACACCGCCAAAUCACUCUCUUAUCUAAUCUACAAAGAACGUAACCACAAGAAACUCGUCAAGAAAUUCAAAAAUGCCUCCGUAAACGAGCACUUUCGCACCAAAGUUGCCAUUUACAAAGAAACCAUUCGCCGUCUCUCAGUUUCGAGGAAAUUUGACUACGUAGAAGAAAUUCUAGAGGACCAAAAGCAAUACAAGGACAUGUCAAAAGAGGGUUUCAAUGCUCGUUUGAUUUCUCUUUAUGGUUCGGUGGGCAUGUUCGAUCACGCACGCAAGGUGUUUGAUGAAAUGCGUGAAAGACAAUGCGCUCGGACGGUCAUGUCUUUUAAUGCGCUGUUGGGAGCUUGUCUUAGUUCGAAGAAUUUCGAUGAAGUAGAAGGCUUGUUUAGAGGGUUAUCGAAGGAGAUAAAGAUUGAACCAGAUUUGAUUUCGUAUAAUACGGUCAUCAAGGCAUUCUGCGAGAUGGGUUCAUUGGAUUCGGCAGUUUCGUUGCUGGAUGAAAUGAAAAGGAAGGGUCUUGAGCCUGAUUUGAUUACUUUUAAUACACUUUUACAUGGGUUUUAUGCGAAUGGAAGGUUUGUUGAUGGGGAGAGGAUUUGGGACCAAAUGAAGGAGAGGAAUGUUGAACCAAACAUAAGGAGUUAUAGCGCCAAGUUGUUUAGAAUGGCAUCAGAGAAGAGAAUGAAAGAUGUGGCUAGGGUUGUUGAAGAAAUGAAUAGCAAGGGGAUUAAACAUGAUCCCUUUAGUUACCAUGCUUUGAUUAGAGGGUUUGUUAAUGAAGAUGAUUUUGACGAAGCUAAGCGUUGGUAUGGCGAGAUGUUGAAAAAUGGGUGUAAACCGCAUCGUUUGGUUUUCGAGACACUAAUUCCUUUUUCUGUUGAGAAGGGUGAUUUAGCUUUCGCUUUUAAGCUUUGCAUGGAUCUUAUCCAUAGCAAGUUGGUUGUUCAGGAGGCGUUGAUACAAAGUGUCGUGGAUGCAUUGGCUAAGGAAUCAAGGAUAGCAGAAGCAAAGGAGCUUGUUGGUCACGGGGAAUCAGGUCGUGCCCAUUCUUAUAAGUUGAAAUUGCCAACGCCAACUUGCAAUGCAUAGACCUCUCUGGUUUCUGUUUUUCGUCGGGUAUAGCUGCAGAUGUCGAGGAAAGGAGGGUUUUUUGGAGCUAGGAGUUAGAAAACUCACAAACUCGUAGCUUGGUGAUGCUUUUUGAUCAGUGGUCUUCGUGAUCCACAAAACAGAGCAGUAUAUGACCAAUAUGGUGAAGAGGGUUUAAAGGAUCAAGUACCACCACCUGGUGCUGGUAGUGCUGGAGCUUCAUUCUUUUCUGCUGCAGAUGGGCCCACAUCAUUUAGGUUCAAUCCUUGAAAUGAUGAUGACAUUUUUGCUGAAUUUCUCAAGUUCUCAAGUCCAUUUUGUGGGAUGAGAGGUGGCAGUAGAGGGAUGAGAGGGACAAGGUUCCCAGGUGGGAUGUUUGGUGAUGAAAUCUUUAUUUCUUAUGGUGAAAGUGGAAGGUCAGUGCAUCAAAGUGCUCCUAGAAAAGCUGCUCCAAUUGAGAAUAAGCUGCAUUGUAGUCUUGAAGAGCUUUACAAGGGAGACUUUUCAUGCUAGUGGGUCAAGCUCGUGCCGGUGGAGGAGAUUCUAAUCGUUGACAUGAACCCAGGUUGAAGAAAGGCACAAAGAUCACCUUCCCUGAGAAAGGGAAUGAAUAGCAGCAACAUGUUAUACCAGCAGAUCUAGUCUUCGUUAUUGAUGAAAAACCCCAUCCCCAUGUUCUUCCAUGAUGUUAAUGACUUUAUCUGAUGCUAACUUCAGAGUAGAAGGAUUGAAUCAAAUCUCUCAUGGGACCUUGAGAUCAAUGUCAGAAUGUGGUGCACCUACCUUGAGAUCACUUGUUAUUUA